GAGGAUGUCGAUGUUGUUGUUGUUGUCGGGGAUUUUUUAAAAGCCGUAUUAAAGGAUAAGCGGAUUUAAGAAAGAAAAAGGAAAAAAAAAAAGGAAAAAAAAAUCAAGCCCAAGUGUCAGCGAGGAGUUUGGGGAGAAUUCAGCACAAAUGUGUAGAGAUGUUUUGGAGCAGGUGUUUCGGCUUUGACGGCUGUCUGGGGGGAACAGUCCCGAGGCGGAUGGAAGGAGCUGCGCAUCCCCGUGUCUCCCUGUUUACCGCCGGCGCUGCCGGGGGCUGUCAGCGCCCGCGGCCGCUCCGCUCCGCAGCCGCGCGGAGCCGCCGCUCGCUCCACACCGAGUCCUGGCAAAAGUUUUGCGCUUGUACCAGGUCCAGACUCCACAGCUGGGUCUUGUCAUCCGAGCUCCCUGCCUUGGCCAAGGGCUGCUUUGCGCCCUGUGCUGUGGUUUAUGUUUUUGGUUUUGUUUUUUUUUUUUUUUUUUUUUGGUUUUUUUUCCCCGCUGUUUUUUUUUGUUUUGUUUUGGUUUUGUUUUGUUAUUUUUUUUUUCCUCUGCAAAUGUAUACUAUUAUUGUUUUUGUUCCUGGCGAAGACGGGGAAAAAGCCCUGCAGGAGUGUCGGUGCACACGGUGUCUGUGUGUGUGCAUGUGUAUGUACAUGUACGGAGCGUGGCUGUUCCCAGCGCAGGGAGCUUUGUCGAGCCCGUGAGUUGUCAGUCAUAUGACAGCGAUCCCCUUGUGCUAAUUGCCGUGGCCGGGAAGGGAGAAGAACGGAGGCUUCUUCCCUUUAAUGGACAUAUUUUUUUGCCCAUUUUUUUCCCCCGUUCCUCCCUUUACUGCGGUCCGAGCAGCGGGAUGGCAGGGUCUGACAGCCCCGCGGGGCUCGGGGGAGCGGGGCCGCCGCUCCGCUCGCUGCCGGCGGGGGCUGCUCAGCCCGGUCACCGGAUCGGAUACCUGCUGCCUGUGCAGAAGGACGAAGGAGCCUUUCCCAGAAGGUUGAAAUGCAAAGUGUUACAACCUUCACAUGCCUACUAAUUACAUGUUUGGAGCUGGAACGGUAUCUUCAGAGUGAACCCUGUUAUGUUUCUGCAUCUGAAAUCAAAUUUGAUAGCCAAGAGGAUCUCUGGACCAAAAUUAUUCUGGCACGUGAGAAAAAGGAGGAAUCUGAACUGAAGAACACAUGUGUCCCAAAAGAGGACAAUCUUGCUAGUCAGAACUUAGAGACCAACAGUUUGAAUUCUGACGUGAGCAGCGAAUCUUCAGACAGCUCUGAGGAGCUCUCGCCCACAACAAAGUUUACCUCUGACCCUAUCAGUGAUGUUUUAGCCAGUUCAGGAAACUUGAGUUCAUCUGUCACUUCCACUCCCCCUUCGUCUCCUGAGCUGAGCAAGGAGCCUUCUUCCCAGAUAUGGAAUUGUACACCGGGUGAGUUGCAUUCACCGGGGAAAAUCCGUACCGGUACCACUGGAAAGACUGCAGAGAAAGGUACACCCUCCAAUGGUGACACCUCGCCCGAUGGCAGAAGGCGUGUUCACAGGUGUCAUUUUAACGGUUGCAGGAAAGUUUACACCAAAAGUUCACAUCUGAAAGCACAUCAGCGCACUCAUACAGGGGAAAAGCCUUACAGAUGUUCAUGGGAAGGGUGUGAGUGGCGUUUUGCAAGAAGUGAUGAAUUAACCAGACACUUCAGAAAGCACACUGGUGCCAAGCCUUUUAAAUGUAGUCACUGUGACAGGUGUUUUUCCAGGUCUGACCACCUGGCCCUUCACAUGAAGAGACACCUCUGAAUGGGUCAAGAGGUGAAUCCUGCGGGCUAAGAGGCGUCAAGGUUGAAGAGCCUUGAGCGGAGGGAUGCGUGUUCCAGCCAAAGCAUGCCAUUUUGCACCCUACCCAGUUGCCUCCAGGACCUCACUUCCUUGAAGGUCUUUUGAGGGCUAAUAAGUCAUGUAAGAACGGCAUAGCAACCGCGGUGCGUGAUGUUUGGGGUUUCCUGGACUCAUACACUGGUAUCUAACCUUCUGAGUGGCUCCUAAGCCUUUGCCGUGAGCAUGUGCACUGAGAAUGUUAAUGAUUGGGCGACUGUAUGCGAUGAGGAUCUCUUGAUGACUGUAUGCUGAGGCACAUUUUUUUUCUUGUGGUUGUUUUAUAACUGUAAGAGAAAAAAAAUAGUCUGAAUGUCUUGUAUGUGAGGAAUAUCUCGUGAGAUGGGACGACCACCAAUCAUUUCCAAGGGGUGGGGGGAGGGGUGUCUGCACCUUUUUAGAGGGAAAACCUGAGAGGGGGAAAGGGGGGAAUAAAAAGAGUCAGGAUGCCAGAAUGGAAAUGGGGAACCUCCCUGUUCCUGUGUGAGAGGAGCUUUAGGUGUCUGGUGCAGCUAUUAAACGUGCAAUGUGUCAAGUAGCUUGUUUUACUUGCUACAGAGCUCAUUUGUAAUCCAUUGUAUAAGCUGUGUAUUUACAAAUGUAACACAACUAUAACUUUUCAUUAUAAUACAAAGGUUAUUGCAUGGUUCUGGGGAACUAUAUGCUUUUCCAUUCUUUAAUCAGGACUGCAGUUUUGAUUCCAGUUAAGAGCAGCUAAAAUACAAUUGGUCUAAUGUUACAUAAUGUAUGGAACAUGAAUAAUUUUUUUGUUGGGUGGAUAAAACCACUAUUGGUUAGAAACUGAUUUUUCUCAUGCAGCUAAUUUUUCUCUUAUUUAUGCCUUGAGGACUAACUUCUGGUUUUCUAGCUGUUAAUGCACUGUUGACCUUAAUAAUGGUGCCUUAUGCAAGUGACCUUCUCUUGCAGGGGGUCUUAUACAGGGGUAUGGGUGAUGCAUGCUUUAUUAAGGCUCUCUUUUCACCUGGCAUUGUACUGUAUCAAAUGUAUAAUAUGAGGGGAAAAAAAGGUUACUUCCAGGGUCCUCCUUCACAAAGACAAAUAUAGAGAAAAGUCAUUCAUGUCAGUACAGUAUUUGUUUAACUUAGACAAUUUGACUGUGUUACAGUAUAAUGCAUAUGCCAAUUGAAUACCUGACCAGUUCUGCCACCUUGAGACUUUUUUUAUAUUGACCUUGCACAACAACUGUGUAUAUACACACCCCAACUGUACUUAAUAUGUCAAGUUUUCAUACAUAUUAAAGAUACAGAAGUAUUAAAAGAUGUAUUUGCUUAAAAGGCACAAGUUUCACAUCUAUAUAUCUAGCUAUCUGUUGGUCAUACAGAAAGAAACUAUAUUACUUUUUUUUUAAAAGUGGGCAGAAAAAUAAUUGUGUAUGUAUAUUUGUGUGUACAGUCUGUGUAUGUGUGUAUAUAUAUAGAUAAUAUAUAAAUAUUUUUUUUAAAAGGAAAAGAAUUAGAACACAUAGCUAGAAAAUGCCACAGCCCAUCAAAAUAUUCCCUCUUCCCCCUUCCUCCCUGCAAUAUGGUCAUUAAGGAGACAAAGAAAUGAAAGAUACAGUUAAUUAAAAUCUAGCAUUUUUAGAGGCUUUACCUUUAGCUUAAUGGUAUGCUAAAGGCUUUGUUGGCAUUCAGUCCUUCUCAGACUGCUGACUGUGUUUUGUAGUUAUUAGGUUGUCUGGAAUAGCGUAUCUGUGGCCAUUUAAGAAUGAUAUGAACCGAAUUUUGGCAUGCUAAAAGAAUAUUAGCUGUGUGCAGAAGAAGUACACUCGGGUUUUGGCCUUCCAGCUUACUGGAGGAUCUGUGAGUGAGCUAGUCGUUGUGGUGGUUAAGCUCUAAUUUUACAUAGUUCAGCUAAAAUAAAGACUGUUUUUUCCUAGAGUAGGAAUAGUCUGUCCAAAACCAGUUUUGUUUUGUUUUGUUUUUUUUAAACCAGCUCACUACAGUUGAUGCAAUGAAACAUGUGACCUGUUUCUUUUACUAUUAAUUAUCAGUCUUGCUUACUCUGCUAAUAUUUUGGUAUAUCUUCCUGGAAAUGUAUGUAGAUAAGUGGUUUAAAAAAAGUAUAUGCAAGUGAUCUGGUUCUAUGGAACACACAGGCUGAAAUCAUUCUCAUUUCAUUUUUGGUUUAAAUUGCCUGAAAAUGCACUUUUUUUUUUCUUCCCCCAAACAGAAGAAAAUUUUCAAAAAAAUGGAUUUCUAUUUGCAAUUGGGUUUUGUUGUAUUUUUAACUCCUUGUUUGCAUUGUCUUUGGCUUAGCCGUAAUUCUUAUAAACAAGAAAUUUUAAAAAAAUUAAAAACAAACAAACCAACCCCAAACAAAAAAACCCACAAAAAACAAACAAACAAAAAAAGAAAAACUUGCACUGGCUUGUCUCAAUUGUGAAAUACCAUCAGACUUGUGUGGAUGGGGUGGGGCUGUGUGCCAUAUGUCAAAUGCCUGUAAUUUUCUUAAUAAGCAAGUACAUUUUGUUCAGGUGAUAACUGAGCCUCAAUCAAGCUGAAAAAUAAAAAAAAUAAAACAUUUUUGCUUGAAAUUUAAGAAGAAAAAGUUUCUAUUAGUGAAAUUUCUUUUUUUGUUUUUGAAGCACCCUGUUAUCUAAAGAAUCUCUUUGUAAGAUUUUUGUAAAAAUUUUGUUUUACAAGAUUUUAUUUGAAAUUGUUUUUUGCAAGAUUGUUAUAUUUCUGUAUGAAUGUAUUUUUUAUUGGAAUAACAUAAAAAGAAAUUCUUAUCAGCAUCACGUGUCUGUUUUCAUCUUUCUUCUCUCCAAGUCCUACACACCAAACAAUGUCAAGUACUAUGUUGCUGCUUUGUCUUGAGUCACACCUGGUCACGGGUGUAAACACCUUUGGGUCAGGUCACUUUGUGGAAGACAAGCCCUGUUGGGAAAAUAAUUUUGGCAGUAGAAACUAGGAGUUCUUCCAUAUCUGAAAAGCUGCUCUUGACUCAUCGUUUGCCUCAGCGGAAUAAAUAGUUAAUGUGAUUGUUACUGCAAGACUGCACCUUCAUUUCAAAUCGUUUGUUCUGGAGAGGUGAAUGCACAUGGGAUAGGUUUGGCGUGUGGGAAAGGAGGUUCAGUGGGCAUUCAGAGGGAAGGACAAAGCCACAAAGGUGCUGGCUGGGCUGGAGACACCUGCCCUUGCCAGCUGCUGCUGAGUGUGGGCCUUGGAGCUGCCUGGUCCAUGGGGAAGCAAGCCCAAAACCUUGAGGGGCAGCUGUGGGAAGGAGAGCUUGGAAGGGACUGCAUGAGAUCUGCCUGCUCCAGACACACAUCUGAGGCUGCUGUGGGGCUGACCUGACCCACAUGCUGGUGGUGACCUUCAGCCUGUCAAACACAAACCUCUCUGAACCACAUUCUUUCAGAGCAAUGGCUCUUCAAAGCAUGCCUGGCAUGCACCCUGGCUUGAGACCCACGCAGAACUUGUUUGAUGUUGCCUUGUGGCUCCUGCUUCACUCCUGCUGAUGUUAAAAGUCCCUCAAGCAUUGAGUAAAAACAGUGGCAAAAUGGCAAAGUUGUAUACUGAGAAACUGUCUUUGAGCGUGUGAAUUCAGUUUGUGUUAACAUCUGAUGGAUUUAAAUUAUUUAGAAAUGGUCUAAAAUGAUGCAAAAGAACUGAAACAAUAAAUAGAGACCGAGGCAGAAGCAAUGUGGAAAAGGGACCCUUGCCACCUUCUCUAGUUAGCCCUGCAGUGGCCUGGUAAAUGGACAUAAUGCCUGCAUUAGGCAUGGCAUAAAUGGCAAUUUAGGCAAAUUAAUGAUCUGCAAUGGGAGGGAUACAUUGUAUUUUACCACUGGUAUAUCUCAGUGGAACACAGAUGUCUUCUGGGAAACUUAGUUAAAGUUUCAAUAGAAAUAGAAAAGGCUACUGAGGUUUAGGGAUUGAGAUAUUUUGCCUCCUCACGAAGAAAUGGAAAUAUUUUUUAAAAACUGAGCUUGACCUCCUUGGAGAUUCUCCACCCAAAAUGUUCAAUGGGUGUGUAAUAUAGAACAAGGAUUGGCAAAUUUUUUCCUGUUUAUUUGGUGUGUGUCAUCUUGGGCUGUGUCAUACUCUAUCUUAAAAAAAAAGAAAAAGCCUGAAAACUCCUUUAUUGAGGAUGUUAUUGUGAUCCCACCUUUUUUUUUUUUUUUUUUGUAGUUGUUGUUUUUUUAGUUCUCAGAGAGAUUGUACUGAAAAAACAGCAGUGUAUGCAGAAAAAAAGAGCCUACUGACAGCUAUUGGGCAACAAGGAAACUACAAAGCAGAAAGCAAUAGUGCAUUUCAACAUGCACAUCUUCUGCAGGUUUGCCUAAUUCUGGAUUUUGAAAUGCAGAGCAGAGGGGAAGAGGCAUGAAUUUGAGGGUGAAGAAGUCAGGUUGCUGAGGUAUGGGUAUAGAUUAGUAGCCUCUGCAAGUUCCAACAACUUCAGUUGAGGUUAGAAAGGUGAAGAGGAGGACAGAGCCUCUGAGCCAACAUGUUUGCACAGAGGUUAGAUAUGGCAUGUUUGUGCAACCAUCAAGAUGAAACAGUUAAAUCCCAAAACUACCCAUUUGGAUGUUUGUUUUGGGGGUUUUUAUCCUCUUGGGUGUGAAAAAUCCAGGCAUACAAGUGGUCAGUGCAAGUACGGUGUAUCACAGUUUAUCAUCUUGUUUGAACAACUGUGUAAUAUAAAUACAGCAUGACUUUGAAGUUCACAAUAGACAAGUGAUUGCUGUUUUAUUAAAUUGGAUGUCCAUAUUGUUUAGAAGUUACUGACUGUCUCCCCUCCAAACCAUAUUACGAUUUGAAAUAAACUGAAUCUGGAAUUGCUGGGCCUGUUAAGGCAUGUUGAAAACAAGCAGUAUUUUAUUCUUUCCUCUUUAGGAGUUGUUCAUGGUAUCUCUGCCUUUGUGUCCAACUUUUGCCUCUUCCAUUCUUCUCAACUACUUGGGCAUUUGUUCUUUAUUUUCUUUAAUUGCUCUGAAAGCUCUGAGGAAUAAAAACAAGCUCUGUAAAUCACACAAAUAGCAGCAACAAGACCAGAAACAAGGAGAAGGAAGAACACUAUGGCAAUUGUUUCAAAAAGUAGCUGAGUGUUCUUUAUGCAGCACCAAAAGAGUACGUGACCUCACAUAUUUACACAACAGAGAGACACAGCGUUUGAUAAGAGGAAAGCUUCAUGGUCCAUCCAUUGGAAGUCUCCUCAGCCUUGUCUGGAGCAAGGAGUUCAGGUAGACUGAAACAAUAGGGAGCUCUAACUGCACAAGAUCCUGUGCGGGGGACACAGGUAAAAAAGGUUUCCCCUCACUUUUAAAAGAAUGAAAGACCUGGUAUUUCCUCCUUGUUCCUCCAUUUCUUCAGAAAUUCCUUGGAGAAAAAAUGGCUUAGAUAGGAAAUCUCAGCACUAUUUCUUCCUCCAGCAUUUGCAGAUUUGUUCCCUCUGGUAGCGCUGGUUUAUAAGCUCAGCAACCACACCAGUACUCCAGUUCUUUAUUUCUGGUGACAAGAGGUUACCAAGCAGCUCAUACUUCCACAGAAGUCUGCCUCAUGAACUGGGAUUGUGUAGCCAAGAGGCAUUAAUAGGUACUUCUGGAAUAAAGCCUCUGACAUGGCAAGAAGCUCUGCUGAGAUUAUACAGUCCAAGGCAGUGGUAUCUUUAUAUUUUUUCCCUUUAGCUCUUUUACCUCUACACUUGCCGUUUCAUCCCUUAUUCAUGGUCCUUGGAUAUAUGGCAUUUAUUUUUGAUCAAACCUGUAGCAAUACUGUCUCAUAACCAUUUGAGCUCUUACAUUUGAGGGAAAAUGAGCAGACGGAGUAUUGCUUUUGCACACAGGUCUACAGAGGUUUAAUCAGUCUAGGAUUCAUUGGAGCUACCCUGGGAAAUAAGGGUUUGCAGGUUCAUGCAUUAAUAUUGUGAGGCAUUGGUCAAAAGCUCAUUUAAGUCAAGGAGAAAUUCCUCACUGAAUUCGACUUGCUCCAGACAGUCAUUUUUUCAUAGAGCUGAACCUGAGUAGAAAGUACAUUUGAAAUCCAUUCAGAACCAAAUUUUCAUUCAAUGACAUUUAUGACUAUAUUUUGUCCAUUUCCUGUUGAACAUUUGAUAGCUGGAGUUCACAAGUACAAGCAUUGCAAAGAUGAUUUUUUUAAAAAUAGAAGUGUGAUUUUUUUCCUCCUGAAAUUUAUUUUUGAUUGCAGACUGAUGAUAAACCCUGUAAUUUGUUUUGCAGUUUCACUUACACAACAGCUACAUAAUGAUUUUGUAAGUUAUAGCAGUGACUAUUUUGAACUGUAGUGGUUUCAGUGAGUAUGCUUCGUGAAGUAUUAACUGAGAAAUUAUUAACUGGAGAAAUUAACUGGAUUUGCAGGAUAUCGCAGCAACAAAGGUAGCUUUAUGGCUUUAAAAAAAAUUGCUGCAUCAGAUACAAGCCAGCGCAUUUUGUUAAAAUGGAGAGAAACUAUCCAGAAUUUGCAAUCGAGGCUACAGAUCAGUCAUGUUCUUGAAGUAUCGGUUUAUAAUUUGUCACAGGAAAAUAACUCCAUAAAGCAAAACCACUAAGGUGUUUUAAGAUGAUCUAUUAUGUGGAGGUGUCUAGUACAGCCAUUUUGGAUUGGUUCAUGAUAGGAAACAGAUGGUAUAUAUGUUUAUGUUUAACAUUUAAGGAGGUAUAGAAAGCAAUUGGGAGGUGAUGUAUUUUGUUAAUGGGCAAGUAAAGCCUCAUAUGUACAGUUAAAAUAGAAUGUUAAAAACAAGCAACAUUUUUUCAGCACAAAUGAGGCAAUGCAACAACAUCUUAAGUAGAUUUAUUUGACUUGUUUCACUUUAAAUAAUUUUAAUGAGAAAUUCUCUAAAUGUUUUUGAGCAGAGAUAGAAAGUAAUCUGGUAACCACAUGUCUCGAUGUAUGCCAAGCUGUUCUUUAACAGCACUUGCUUUCAAUACAAUAUAAAUUUAGCUGGAAUUAGCGUUGCUGAAUAUUAGUCCCUCAGUGCCUCACUUGCUAAACCUCCAUAUUCUUUUUAUUGCCUCUGUGCAUUUCAGAAGUAGAGUGUGUGGUCAUUCUGGACAAAGGGAAAUUAUCUAAUGGGGCUGGGGAAGGCAAUGUAUUGGUGAAUUCUAUAGCAAACAGCUCAGUAAUAAUUCAGGAAGGUUGCAGAUCUACACUGGAUACAGUAAUAUAUUUUUCUUGUAAUGUGCUGCCUUUUGGAAUUGAUACAGAAUAUAUCAAAAAUCUAGUUAUGCAUGCAAAGCUGUAUUUUUCUGAGUUUUAUGUACUUCACCUUACACAUGCAGUAGUAUGUUUUUUCAUUUAUAAGAUUUAUCUUUGAGCAUGCACCAAUAUGACUAAUGUUCAUUUCCGAGCUCUGCUAGGCAAGUUACUCAGUCUUCUGGGGUUUACUUAUUUGUUUUUGCUAAGUAUGAAGAGGACAUUGAGGGCAACUGGAUUUUAGUAGAUCCUCACUGUAAUUAAUUAUUCAUCAGCAGUAGAAGUAUUAGCAGCAGCAGUCAGACAUGCAGAGGAGGCUGAGAUCUUGCUGUUGUGAACCUACAGGGAGAGAGGCUCUUCCAUCCAGGUUCUGCCUAAUUAGGCCACGACACAUUUGGAAUUACCCACAUCCAAAGAGAGAGAAAGUAGUUUUACAACCUUUUCUGAUGAUCUCAGCAUUUUUCCUUUUUCUGGUCAGACAGACAACCCUGGUGAAAUUAUAAUAUCCAUAUUAUAAUUCCAUUCAAUCCCCCUGUCUGUCACAGAUGGAUUAAUUCUGGAUUCAUUCUCACCAGGAUGGGAACUCCCCAUGCAGAACAUGGGGUUUCAAUGCAUUUUAGUAGGCAUUUUUAGGUGGGACCUUGUAAUGUGCAUGCCUGUCUCACAUAAUUGGGUUAUUUCUUAUUCCUUUUUUUUUUUUCUAUUUCUAACCACUUCCUUCUGGCAAUAACUUUGUUAUGUUCUACCAAUGACUUUUCUACAAAUUAUUUGGAUCUACUGAUAUUUCUUGUUAAUUUGAAAAAAAUUGUUCAGAAUUAAUUAUUUAUCCCAUAGAUAGAAAAGAGUAAAUAAGAGACGUAAUAAUGUUAUAGUAUUAAUGGGAUUUGAGCCUUGGUAUGAAAUAGAUGCAUUAUUCAUAAGGAUUGAUGGUCUUUAGUGUCCCAACAGCCCUUGUGGGGCUUUGGAGGUAUUAGACUGGUCACUGGAGAGAAGGUUGCUCUAAUGCUCAAUAAGCUAGACUAAAAAUAUCGCCAGAAUUAUAAAGCAAAAAACUAAUCAAAUCCUAAAUAUAAAUGUGAUGAUACAAAUCCAUCCCCUAGUUAUCUCCAGAAACCACCCUGCCUCAAAGGGUUGUCAGUGACUUGUCCCUUAUUAUCUUUAAUCAGGCAGAAGAGAGAGGCACUGAACGCCACAGUGGGUCUGUAUAACGAGGCGCUGCAGGUGAAACCCACAGCCUGUGCUUCCCGCUAUCCGUGCGCUGCCACCGGCCCCGGCUCCGCCAGCCAGGGAAAGGGCAGCCAGGAGACAAAGGGAUGCAGUGUUUGCACCGUGCCUCUGAAGUCCUCUGUAGCUUCUCCUAAUUUCCAUCCCCAAAGUCCAGACUGCAGAUGCUUCACCAGGCAAAACCAGCCUGGAUGACUGUAGGUAAAAAUUAUGUGGUAACGCGCAACAAAGAAGCUGACUAAAGGAGAUUUCUGCAAUAACGCUUCCAGCACUUACACAGAUGGGAUCUACCCAGACUCUGGUCUCUGUGCUCUGUGACAGGACAUUAUUUAUCUAAAUUAUAAUGGAUAACUUUAAAACAAAGGAAAAAAAAAAAGAGUGUGUAUUCUCUCAUGUAUUCAAGCAGAUUAAGCAUUACAGUUAGAAUAUUUGUCAGAGAAGCUAAAACUGCUAGCCGCCAAACAAAUAUAACCAUGUAAUUCAAUAUUAACAGAUAUCUUCUUCGUUAGACAUUAAGUAUCUUGGAAUAAUGAUGAGGUCAGACUCACAUGUUUGGCCAGGAGAGAGAAGAACAUUCAUAAAAGAAGAGCUGUGGGAUGCAGCUGCUUUUGGCAAAAGGGCAGCACCCAGAAUCUGCUCAAGUAGUUCUACAUAAAGCAGAUUUAAACCUUGAUUCUGACAUGAGGUCUGUGUGCAUACCCUUCUGACCCUCACCUGCUGUCCCCUGAGACACCUCAAAACAUACAGGACUGCUUUGGAGCACCCUAAAGGACAGGAGCCAUCUCUGAUAAGGGCUGUGACAUCCCAGAAGGAAGAUGUCCCCAGCCAAAGUCUGGGGCGCACCAUGACCCUGAAGGUCUGGUGAAGUUGGGAGAGUGGGUCAAGCUUCAGGAAGAAUGUAGAUCUCUGUGAUACUGGUGCUUGAAAGCAAAAAUUAGAGCAUGGGUGCUGAGACAAACCUUCAGCUUUCAUCCAGAAGCACUUGGCUCUUGUCAGUGUUUGGUAAGAGGUGCUCAGCUUUUUGCCUGCUUAGAUACCCCUUACCAGAAAAGGAAGCAAAACCUCCGUACAUUUUGCUGUGUCCUUUAGACCCAUGACAUGUAAGUUUGAGCUUACAUUUUAAGUUUAAAAUUCAGUUGCUAACAUGAAGUCAUUAACAAAGAAAAAAUAAUAGCAGAAAAAAUAAUGACAGAUUAUCAGGACCCCAAGAAUUUAAUAUUUUUUAUUGAAAUGUAUAUACAUAUACCCACACAUGCAUAAAUAGAAACAGAUUUUCUUGUCUAGGAUUUUUAUUUUCUAUAUAAUAUCACAUUCCAAUAGAACAGUGUCCUUAAAAAGUCAUCUGUGGGAUUGAUAAUAGCAUUUCAGACUUAACCUGAGAUGUAAGGUGAAACCAGCUGAAAACACUAAACAAAAUCAAACAGUCUGGGCUAGUGAAACAGAUAAAAAAAAAA